AUGUGGGGUGUUCCUUGGCAGCAUAGUCCACCCAACCACCACUACGGCGAACAGCCACAGAUGGGCAGCGGAUCGCAGUUCUACGGGUCCCCGCCACGACCGGGAAGUCUCGGCACGCCCAACUUUGGUCCACACAGUGGAUUCCGCAGAAGUCCCUGUGGUUCCUUCGGAUCACGCCGAUCUACCAGACAAUCAACUCCAGGCAGUUAUUAUGCAAAUGAACUUCCAGUGGAUAAUCAGAAUGUGAUUUUGGUGGCGACAAGACCAUUGCUGAAGGCAUUAGCACGGGAAUGUCGACCCAAACCUCCAUGGUGUGUAGGAGUUCUGGUUCCAGAGGACAUGACGGAAGAACUUAAAUUGUUUUCCUCAUUUCUUUCUGCUACACCGGAUGAGCAGGCUUGCAGUGAUACUGCAGUGCAAACAGCUACAGAAAUAAUGCGAGCCGUUUGGCCUUCAGUUGUAUUAAAACCAAUGUCAGUAACAGCUGCUGGAAUUUCGCCUUUAAAGGAUGUAACUCUACAUUACUAUGCCGAAGGAUCACUAAUGUCAAACGAUGAUAUAUUAAGUAUUCAAGAUAAAAUUCAGGGUUUAGCUAAUGACAGAGGGGCACAAGUGGAAUUCGGUACAGAUUACAGGGAAGUGACGUGUGUGGUACUAACCGACGCACGUACUGGAAGAAGACUUAAUAUUCGUUUUGGUCCUGAUGCAUCUCAAGCUGAAAUAUCCUCUAAUUUAUUUCGCAAUACUCUAGCAACAAGUGAGGAAUAUCGUGCAACCCUUGUCGCACUUGAUGCUCUACUUCGUCAAAACAAGAUAUUAGAUGAUACUGGUAUAAAGAAAGAUGCUAUUAAUGGUGAAGCUAUCGCCACUAUGCUUGUUGCUAUUAUUAAUUCUUAUGAAGCAGAAGACACUCCAAAUGCAGGGAGACUUCUUAUGGAUUUUUUUCUUACAUAUGGUUUUUCAGCAAAUUUUGAUUUGGUUGAGAACUCUGUUACAGUAAAAGGAAUGGCGGAGCCUACUCCCAAGGUACACCGCAAUUCACAAAUUAGUGUGCUUGAUCCCUCUGAUGAAACAAAAAAUCUUACUUCAAAGCUUGAAAAAGCAGCGCACUUGCAAGCGGUCUUUAAUUAUUGCUAUACAGUUCUUUCACAAUCUCUCCAGAUUGCAGAAAGACGUCGAAGGGCACAAUCUCUUCUUUCAAAUAUAAUUGGUGGGGAAUCUUACUGGGGACGAGUAUUACAAAUGUACCAUGAGGGAAUACAACCCUUUCUGGAUGUUGUUAAUGAAAAAAAAUACAUUAUUGCUCAGUCAUAA